CUCUUGUGUUCAUACGGGGACGUGUCUGCAGCUUUGAUGCACAUGCUGAUGGGAGAUCAGAUUACAGGCAUCAGACCGCAGGCUUUCAUCUGAGCUUUGACUUCAGGGCUGGACUCUGGACGGGUUCAGACCUCAGCGGCGAGCGCACUGGAUCACAUCCCGUUCCCGAACAGUUUUCCGUAGGAGACGGCGAUCUCGCGAGCGACUCGUUAAUUAUCGUGUUUGUGGGAAAGACCUUUCACAAUGCCCCGGGCUUUGAUCCUCUCCGGUUUUCCUCUUCAGAGGAUACUCGUCCUUCAACUGUGUGUUAUGUUUGCAGUCAUGGCAGAGGAGAGAAGAGAUUGCAGGGAACAGGAAUACAAGGAUAAGUUUGGAAACUGUAUUCCCUGCCGGCAGUGUGAUGCUGGACAAGAGCUAUCCAAGGAAUGUGGCUUUGGCUAUGGGGAGGAUGCCCAGUGUGUGCCCUGCAGAGCCAGUCGCUUCAAAGAGGACCGCAGCCUGCAGAAAUGCAAGCCCUGUCUGGACUGUUCCCUCCUCAACCGCUUCCAGAAGGGGAACUGCUCCACCACCAGCAACGCCGUAUGCGGAGACUGCCUGCCCGGAUUUUACAGAAAGACGAAGUUGAGUGGAUUCCAGGAUAUGGAGUGCAUCCCGUGUGGAGAUCCGCCACCACCAUAUGAACCACACUGUAUGGGGCGAGUUAAUUUUGUCCCGGUCCAGCCUGCGGUGACCAGCCCCAGGGACAUGGCUCUAGCUGCGGUCAUCUGCAGUGCGCUGGCCACCGUCCUGCUCGCCCUCUUCAUCCUGUGUGUCAUCUACUGUAAGAGACAGCUGCUGGAGAAGAAACCAGUUUCAUUGAGGUCCCAUGAGGGUCCUUAUGUGGGGUCCGAGCUGUCUUGUCUGGAUCGGAGGGUUCUGGAGUUUUCCCAGCGGCCUUGUUGUCACUGCCGUCACGGCUCCAGACAGACCUGCGGUCCUGUGCACCUGAUCCCGUCUCUGUGCUGCGAUGACACCUGGAGCCAGAACCGCGGCCGAGAGAGUCGGCCCUAUCACUCUCAGAACAGUCUCAAUGAAGGAUUGGUGAAUCCAUCACUGGGCAGCAGCCAGGCAGAUGUGGGAUGUGCACCUGAUGAGGCCUGGCCGCUCGUUCAGACCUUCACAACCUCAGACAAUCCCUCAGAGUCCACACAGAGAUGCCCCUCGUGUGACGAGGACGAGGAACGAGACGUGACCCCAGCUGAGCCUGAGGAUGGGUCAAACAAUCGGCUUCUACAGCCACAGCUGUCUGCAACUGAAGGAUGACCUGCUCUUAUCUCACCUGUUGGUCUCUGAGAGCCACUCUGGAGGUAGAACGAGCAAAGGAAGAUCCCACCUCAGAUUACAUCAGGCCACACACACUGAAAACGUGUGUUUUGCCAUCAUUCUCCAGCCGUGUGUGACACUGGCCAACAGCAGCCUAAAGAGACUUUAUUAAUGUGUAAACAAAACCACACAAGACAAAAGAUUGCUGUCUUUUGUAAAGAAAGCACUAGAUAGUUCUGUACCCCAGCACUGACUACCUGUUGAGGUGGGUUGAAGUUAAGGUUCAGCUGCAGGUAUUGGUUGCAGUCGACCCGAAUGGUUUGUAUUGCUCUUUGCAGUACAUUCCAGUUCCAUAGAUCAAACUGCGCAGCGUGUGUGUGUGUGUGUGUGUGAGCUCCAGUGUGUUGAAUUGUAGAUACUGUAUGAUAGGAAAUAGAAGGACAAUAUUUUUUAUAAUGUAGAUACUCAUCUUGUGCCUUCACUCUUGCUUUUCGUAAUGAUGUAUGGUGAACUCAUACAAACCUUAUGAAUGGUGUUGCUCAUUAAAUUUGUAAAUAAAACUUUAUAAGCUUU